GGCAGCUUCCCCAUCUUCGCCAACUCUUGCAGUUGGAAACUAAGAUAUCUUAUUACUUGUUUCCUCGCUACACUCCCGAGAGGACACUGCCCAUAGAAGCCUCGCUGUUCACUUGGCAUGGCUUCCAUUCAACUCUCCGCACUGGCCGGCUUGGAUUCAGACACCAGCCAAGAGCAGGUGGAGCCUCUCUACGUUCCACCUUUCCCAGAGCGCAGUCGGAUUCAUCAGUUUAUGCAACAUGUCAACACCUCUCGAGGACUUGCGCUCUCAUCAUACUUCGAUUUAUACAAUUGGUCUAUCUCCAACAUAGACCAAUUUUGGAGCGAUGUAUGGGACGAAACGGACGUACUUGGCCACAAAGGCUCUCAUGUCGUCGACACUGCCGCACUACCGCCGGACAAUCCAGCAUGGUUUGCGGAGGCCAAGCUGAAUUGGGCGGAGAAUAUGCUACGAUGUCGUUCACCUUCCAAGACGGCAUUGAUUGAAGUUACCGAGCCUCAGCCGUCCCAACCCAACCCUCCUUUGCAACGCGUGACAUAUGCAGAGCUGUACGAACUUGUCGCCGACCUUGUGUCUGCGUUAUUGUCUAUCGGGUUGCAGCCUGGUGACCGCGUCGCGUCUUACGCGUCCAAUUGCAUUGAGAACGUGGCUGCCUGUUUGGCUGCUACUGCAAUUGGAUGUAUAUGGGUUAGUGCAGCUGCUGACUUUGGUCCGGAGGGCGUCCUUGAAAGGUUUGAGCAAGUACAACCCAAGGUCAUAUUCUCGGUCGACUCCGUUGUAUACAACGCGAAGAUCCAUGAACACAUACCCAAGUUACAGAGGCUUUUGGCUCGUUUAUCCGAAAAUAGUCCGGCCCAAGCCAAAAUCGUCAUAAUUCAGAAGACCUUCGAUGACCGCACAACUUGGAACUCAGAUUGGACGAGCUUUAAGGACUUUGUAGCCGCUGGCCGCAAGAAGAAACUUGGGCGAACUGGAGAUGGCGAGAUAGAAUGGGCUCGCCUUGGCUUCGAUUGGCCCGUAUGGAUUCUGUUCAGUUCUGGCACCACAGGUCGACCAAAACCCAUCGUCCAUCGUGCAGGUGGUAUGCUUCUUCAAUUGAAGAAAGAGCUUGUCAUUUGCGCCGACUUACGCCCAGAAGAUGUCUUCUUCUAUUACACUACAACGGGUUGGAUGAUGUGGAACUUCCUUGUUAGCGGCCUCAGCAUAGGUUGCACGUUGGUACUAUACGAUGGAAGUCCUCUACGUGACCCUGCAUUCCUCUGGCAUCUCACAGACGAACUUGGUAUCUCCAUCUUUGGGACAAGUGCCAAGUACAUCGACCACCUCUCCAAGGUUUACAAGCCCAGAGAGGCACAUCAACUGACAACCCUUCGACAUAUAUACUCGACCGGUUCACCUCUUGCAGCUCCGUUGUUUGAUUUCGUAUACCAUCAUAUCAAACAAGAUGUGCUGCUGGGAUCCAUCACAGGCGGUACAGACAUCUGUUCUCUGUUUGCAGGGAUGUGUACUGCGCUUCCAGUCUACCGUGGGGAGAUCCAAUGCCGGCUACCAGGCAUGGCAAUAGAGGCCUUCACUCCGUCCGGGGAUAUCGCUGGACCUGACCAUCCCGGGGAGCUUGUUUGCCUGAGGCCAUUCCCAUGCAUGCCUGUUGGGUUUUGGCCGCUCCCAGGGUAUGGCAGCGAGGAAGCUGUCGAAGCUGCUAAGGUUAGAUAUCAGCAGGCUUAUUUCUCCGAGUUCAAGGGUGUUUGGUUCCAUGGCGAUCAUGUCAUGGUCACGCGUUCUAGGGGAGGGAAUGGUGGAGGUCUUGUCAUGUUAGGGCGAAGCGAUGGUGUCCUCAAUCCUGGUGGAGUGCGUUUUGGAUCUGCAGAACUGUACGAUGUGAUUGAUACGUGUUUCGCGCCAAACGUGACGCACACCUCGCAUACUAUCGUCGACUGUCUGGCGGUUUCGCAAAGUAUUACGCAAGGCACGGAUGAGCGCGUGAUCCUGUUCGUCAAACUUCUCGAAGCGGAGAAGUUGAAUGCAGAACUCGAGAAGCGGAUAAAGAGCGAAAUCCGGACUCGCAGAAGCGCGAGACAUGUACCCGCCAAGAUCAUCCAGGUAGAUGAUAUUCCUUACACCCUUAAUGGCAAGCGUGUGGAGGUUCCCGUAAAGAAGAUUAUAAACGGCGCCCCGAUCUCCAGUGUGAAUCCAGCCACUCUACGCAAUCCUGAAUGCCUUGCUGCAUACGAGAGCAUCGGGAAAGAGCUUAGAAAAGAGGCGGCUUGAUCGAUGGACUUUGAAGGGAAAACCCGUAUUUGUGAACCGACUUCACUAUGAGAAUGUCCCCGUCACAAUCAGGCACGCAGGCUCAAGUCACGUUCGAAUUGCAGAUUGCAAUGUAUUGGAGGAUGCUACUGUGUAGCGAACUAAUCAAUGAAAUACUGGAGAACUCGCAAAGUCCGACUGUGCCGUAUACUGAGGGCUUCGCUUUGGGUGCCAACGGGGUUAAAGAGUGUUGUACAGACCUCGUCGAGGUAAGCUCUCAGUUGCAUUUCCGCGUUGCCUUGAUGCUGGGAAUGCUGGGGUGGAGGAGUAUAGCAAGAAGAAUUCAGAACCCGGGAACCGCCAAUACUCAGAGAAAGCUGACGUGGGGGAGCCUUGGUGAAACGUUUCCUACCUGCAACUCGACAAGCCCAUUGCGAAUGCUCAAUCACUAGCCAUACCCGCUGCAGCGCGAGGGUGAAAGAAUAGAGAAACCGCAGGACGUGAAACAAAGGCGUCAUUGACAUGUCAAAGCCGUGGAUUUGGCCAAGUGAUUGGGGUGACCGAGACAUUCCAAAGUCCACAGCCAUACUUUAUAAGGGGCUCCACAGAGAGUUCUAGGAAGUACCAGGUGUUGGCAAACGACAAAGGGCCAUUGCUUUAUUUAUGGAGUGGAGUGCGUCGUGGGAUACGCAUGUCUUCGGACUGGGCACGGUUAAAUGAUUCCAACACCCGCAGCAGUUUUCUAGCCUCUGUUCAUGAAAGAGAUAUACGAUGCGCAGUGUUUGUACCUAAGUUUGUACAUGAAAGGGUACACAAGGAGAGAACAAUCGACGGAAGCAUUUCAGAGUCAG